AUGCCAAGACCAACUAAAAGUAAGUCUAGUUACAAAAACCAAAUAAGAAAUCCUGAUGGAACUUUUUAUAGUAGAAAAUUAAAUAAAGGAAAGGAAAUAGAAAGCACCCUUGGGAAUGUGGCUGAAUUGGACAAUGAUAAUUUCUUGGGAGAAGUUCUUGAAAAUGAAGUUGAAUUGGGUGAAGACAAUUUUUCAGAAGUUCUUGAAAAUGAAUCACAAUUCUAA